UCUGCAUAAAUUAGCAGAACAACAUUCAGUAGUACAUUAACCGUGCAAUCCAUGCUGUUGUUUACAUCUGAGUAUCUCCAAUAUGGCUGCACAUCCGGGUAACUGACCAAAUUGUGACAUAAGUGCAAUAUAUGUAUAUAUAUAUAUAUAGGGGAGAGCGGGGAGCAUUUUCACCUCAUGCUAUAUCAAAGGAAGAGAAAUUGUGAUUGACGAACCACCUAUCCAGGGAGUUUCUCCACCUAUUGAUCAAGACACUGUAUUAGACACUAUACCAUGUAAGCAGUGUGGAUAAUGGAACGGGUGGAUGUCUUCUUAAAAUACAGUUAAAAUUGAGCAAUUAAAAAAAAAAGGAUGGACUGCAACUGACCCUACACAGCUGGUCUAAUAGUACUCAACAUCCUGCUUAUAAAUGCUGCAGGGAAAUACAAUUUCAUAAAAACUUCAAAGGCCAGUUUUCAUCAACCUGUUUCAGAACAACAUCAGAAAUGUUAGGUGUAAAAUUAAUUAAAUAUAAUGUAGAAUUACAGUAAAAUCAUACUUUAUAAUCACAAGAAGAGGUGAACCACUGGCUCAACUUACCCCACUCCUACCAUAUUAACAAAUUUGUAUCAUCCAGCAGUUUAGAACUAAUAUCAUGCUGUCUUCAUAUAUUUGUAGUAACAUCACUCAUUUUGUUUAAGGUUGCCUAGAAACAAGGGGUGGUUCAACUUCCCCACAGACUUUAUUUUAUUUUAUUUUUUUCACUGCAUCUCUAUAAGACCUUCAUUUUAGAUAUAUAAAAAAUAAUGUGUAAAUUUUAUUCACUCCUAAUUAGUCAUUGUAUUGUGUUUAAAAGACUGAUAAGACAUUCCAAAAGCAACCCCCAUAAAAUCUAGGGGCAAUCCCAAACGAACAGAUUCUUGUAAAGGUAUUUAAAUGUCACUGUAAAUUCUUUAGGUAGUUUCCAGUGGAGAGUGGGUAAAAUGUUGUUGAUUACUUAAUUUACAUGGUAUUGGUAAGCUUAAUAAGUUUAAAGUAUUUUAUCAGCUUUUAAAGGUAUCUUUUGGGAAAUGCAGUCAUGCAUAAGUGUCUGCAUCUAUAAAACACAUUAACUAGAAAUGUACUUCAAUUUAAAAUUGACUUGUGAAGCUGUAUAGAAUGUUUUCAUGAUGUGUCGUCAGUUGGCCAUAUUGGCAGCACUGAAUGUAAACAAUGCCACUGAACCAAACAGAAUUAGCAAAUUUUGCUAAUUAUUGCUGCUAAAAAUGGGCAAUUAUUGUCAUGUUUUGGGCUCUACUAAUUAGUUGGAGCAGGAAAAACAUUUGGAGUACUAUAGACUGCCAGAAGUUAGAACAAUUCAAGGAGAAGUGUGGAAAAAACUGUCUGAGGAACAAAAGGCAUUUGUUGUUGGCCAAACUGAACCAGGAUUUCCAAGGCAAAAAUCUUGACAACAUUCGUGUUUGUUCUUAUAAUUCCCAUUCAGGUCCAUGUUGGGUCGAAUUACCAUCCAGGCCUUCAACUUUGACCAAUCUUUCCAGUCUUAUAUGAGCAACGACUUUGCCUGGAAUUUCUUUCAAGAUCCAAUUGUGAAGAACAAUUUAAAAGUACUUGAUACUGCUGGAUCAUGGACACUGUUGGGUAGUGACGUCACACAUGUAAACGUUGAAGUUGUUCCUUGCACAAAGGUGUCAGUAGAUAUAUUCAAUCCAAUUUACUCAAAUGGAAUUGUGCGUCCCUCUGGCCACAUUGUCAGAUGUUACCAUGAAAUAUACCCAGACUUUGAUGAGUUAAGGAUGCUUUUGCUUGAAGAAGAUUCUGACAAUUAUCAUAUAAUCAGUCCAAGUGAUCGCCAAGAGUUUUUGUUCAGACUGUUCAAGCAUGUGGUCUUGGGUGGUGAGCUUUGCCAAUAUGAGGAUGUCAUUGAUCCCUACAUUGAAACAGCAAAAAUGAUGUACAAAGACUUGGUCAGUGUUCAGAAGGAUCGAGAUACAAAAGAGAUCAGUGUGGUCACAACAAUCUUAAAGGUUUCUGCUCAUGAUCACAGUGGAUUGUGCUACCCAUCCGCAACAGAAAAUGAGCAGAUGUUUGCUUACCUUUGUAUUGAUCCAUUCAAAAGGCAUGUGUAUGUUCUAUACCAUUCAUUUGGUAUUGGAGACUUUUCAGGAAAUGAAAAGCCCUAGAUCUAGCCCUAUAUCUAAACUUCCAAGAAUGCUGCAUUUCUGUAAACACUUUUUGAAUAUAGUUUCAUGCUUUGAAGAAUUUUUUCAUCUCUCUGUUUCAUACAUGUGAAUAAACCUUUACUCAAUUACUAUUUAAGAAACUGAUUACUCAUAUCUAAUAUACAUAGUUGAUGUCUGUAAAACACCAACGUGGAAGUAAGCCUGUGGGUGAGACUUCUAGUUAAUUAUAGGAAAUUAAUAUAUAUUUUCCGCUAUAGGAAAAUAACGAGAAUACAUUAAAAUAAUAUGGCAAAACACACCAAUUUGCAAACUUGUUUUGAACAGCUAAAAAUAGCUGGACAUGGUUGAGACUGUUUGUAACACUGAGAGUAAUGGUGGUGUCCCCACAAAACAUAAUACAUUUACAUUGGACUUUUCUUGUAAUUCAAGCUUUGGUUAUGAGCAGGGAAAAAAAGGUUUGCAACACUGUGACGCCCCCACAAAAUACAUUAUGAGCAGAAAAAUAAUGUCAUUCUCUUCCUCACUAUAUAUGUUUAAGUUGGUCCAUUUUAGUCAUCAGUCAGAUUUACGUCAGUAGCAAAUUGUUAUUGAUCAUAAAACGUUAUAACUGCAAAUUCUGACGUUUUGUUUGAAUGCGUUUUGUGUACGCAUGAUGGAAAACAGAUUGUGCUCAUCCAGAGUUUCACUGGAUCGCAACUUGUU